GCCUCGGAGACAGUCUCUGCCACCUUGGUCUUGGGUUGCAGACCUCGCCGGGACCAUGGCCCAGAAGGAUGGGCCGGGAGAGAGGAAUUGCCCGCAGGGGCCUCAAUAAGGAGGCUUGGAAUUGCUGUGGCCAAGAUUGGAGACAUGAGGCGCCCCCCUGGAAAUGCAGAGGUGGCCAGCGAGGGUAGAGGCGGCUGGGGCCUAUGGGGCCAACAAGCAUCCUGGAGACUGGGCUGUGCCGGCCCCGACGGCUGUGGGCAGGCUCUGCUGAAGAUUGGGAUCAACAUGAUGGCCUUGCCUGGGGGUCACUCCCUGGAUGUCGCCCCACUGCCUGGUCAGCCGCUGCACCUGAUGCAAGUGGAUUCUGUCCAGCGCUGGAUGGAGGACCUGAAGCUCAUGACCGAGUGUGAAUGCAUGUGCAUCCUGCAAGCGAAGCCCAUCAGCCUGGAGGAGGACACACAGGGUGACCUCAUCCUGGCGGGCGGCCCUGGGCCCGGGGACCCCUUGCAGUUGCUGCUUAAGCGGGGCUGGGUCAUCAGCACUGAGCUGCGCAGGAUCGGGCAGAAGCUGGCGCAGGACCGCUGGGCUCGCGUCCACAGCAUGAGUGUGCGGCUGACGUGCCACGCCCGCUCCAUGGUCAGCGAGUACAGUGCUGCCAGCCGGACCUCCUCGCAGGAGAUGGGCCAGGUUGAGAAGCUGCUAAUGGAGAAGUGCUCAGAGCUCUCAGCAGUCACCGAGAGGUGCCUGCAGGUUGAGAAUGAGCAUGUCUUGAAGUCCAUGAAGGCCUGUGUGAGUGAGACGCUCAGCACGCUGGGCCAGCACUUUGGGCAGCUGCUGGAGCUGGCCCUGACCCAGGAGGUGCAGGCACUAGUGAGAAAAAUCGAUGCUUCAGACAAUCUCUACACCACUGAAUCCACUACAGGGAACCUGUUUAGCCUGACCCAGGAGGGAGCUCCCUUGUGCCGCAUCAUAGCUAAGGAGGGCGGGGUGGUGGCGCUCUUCAAGGUCUGCAGGCAGGACAGUUUCCGGUGCUUGUACCCCCAGGCGCUCCGCACACUGGCCUCCAUCUGCUGUGUGGAGGAGGGUGUCCACCAGCUGGAGAAGGUGGAUGGUGUCCUGUGCUUGGCCAACAUCCUGACAGAUGACAGCCACUCAGAGGCCACGCGGGCUGAGGCUGCGGCUGUGGUCGCUCAGGUCACCUCUCCACACCUGCCCUUCACCCAACACCUCAGCAGCUUCCUGGAAAGCAUGGAGGAGAUCGUGACAGCUCUCAUCAAACUGUGCCAAGAGGCCUCAUCUGGGGAAGUCUUCUUGUUGGCCUCUGCGGCCCUUGCCAACAUCACCUUCUUCGACACCAUGGCCUGUGAGAUGCUCCUGCAGCUGAAUGCUGUCCGCGUCCUCCUGGAAGCCUGCAGCGACAAACAGAGGGUGGACACACCUUACACCAGGGACCAGAUCGUGACCAUCUUGGCCAACAUGUCCAUGCUAGAGCAGUGCGCCUCUGACAUCAUCCAGGAGAAUGGGCUCCAGCUCAUCCUGGGCAUGCUGUCUGAGAAGCCACGGUCGGGGACCCCCGCUGAAGUGGCAGCCUGUGAGAGAGUCCAGCAGAAGGCUGCGGUGACACUGGCCCGUCUCUGCAGAGACCCAGUGGUGGCGCGGGAGGCCGUGCGACUGAGCUGUAUGUCCCGUCUCAUUGAGCUCUGCCGAUCGCCCACUGAGAGGAACAGCAGUGACGCUGUGCUUGUGGCCUGUCUGGCUGCGCUACGUAGGCUGGCUGGCGUCUGCCCUGACGGUCUCCAGGACUCCGACUUCCAGCAGCUGGUGCAGCCUCGACUUGUGGACUCGUUUUUACUAUGCAGCAACAUGGAGGAGAGUUUUGUGUAGUGGUGUAGUGGAUGAAGGGAGGAAGGGCAUUGGGCCUGACCUCCCCUGAGUACACACUUGGAACACACAAGUGCUCACCAGUUCCCUCACCUCCUUAUUUAUACUUAAUUUAUUUUUUACAUGAAAUAGACAGAGGGCAAGAUAUUGUAGCAACAUCAGCCAGCAAUCUGUGGUCCUUAAGGGUCUUUUUUGUUUUAAUUUUUUGACUUCUGUGACUUUAUAGUUGCAGAUGUUGAAAUGCAUGACUAAUGUGACAGAUUGUCAUGGGUGAUUUCACUACAUCUUGCUUUCUCUACUCUCUCUGUAUACUCUUUCCUCAUUUUUUUUUUUUUAACUUUGGAACCAGAGUAUUUUAAGUGCCUAGCAGUCUUUUUUAACUUGGAUUCGCUCUUUCUAAAGGAUUUUAAAUGACUUUCAUAGUUGAAGGAAAGUUUUAUUCUUUAAUAAACAGAAUCAUAUAGAAUGUGUCUUAGAUUGUCUCAUUAAAUUACGUCUUAGAGUAAAUACUUUCUUCCAAGGUUUCAUGUCCCCCCAAUCUUCCCAGCUAUUAAAAGUGCACCGAGAGUUUUACUGUUUCCAUUGUGAUAAAUGGGUCAAGUUCUAAGUGAUUGAGUGAGGACUCAGAAUGAUUUCUGAAAACAUUGCUAAGUCCCUCAAAAUGCACUUGUUCUGCUUGUGGGUAGCCUCCUGGUGAAUAGAAACCUCAAAUGAGAUUACAGUGAACAAAAUCUCUUCAAAAUUAUCCAUGAAAGCAGUUAUGUGCCAGAGCUGGCUCACACCACCAAGGGACAAUGUGAGGAUUUUCCCCCAACUCUAUCUUUAGCGGCAUUAUGGGGGUAGUUUGAAAUUGAUGUUGUUGAGUGUAUUUAUACCACAGGAAUUGGCAGGCAGUAUAAAUCAGAACUUUUCCUUUUUCUUUUUUAACAGUUAGUUUCCAAAUGCCAUUUCACAAAUGUUUCAGAAAAAUCUUGAAUCCUUCUGAAAUCCUUCUGAAAUCCUUCUGGUUUAAUGCCAUCAUACUGUAGUAUGAUUUUAUGCAAUUCAUGAAAUAUUUCUUGAAGGCCUGGUGGCGCAGCGGGUUAAAGCACAGCACUAAGAAGCUAAA